GUCGUAUGUCUGGUAUCCGAGUGCCGUGCUUUUCUGAGCAUACGGAGGGAUAAUGGAGAAAAUAAACUCCAUGGCCAAACAGAUCCAAUUACCAACCUACCAUAAGGUACAAACCAAUGGACGAUCGAAAAUCUAAGCCAGGCGGAAGUAUCAAACCCAAACUCUUCUUCCGUGCCACAGCUGAGAGGUGGUUAAAACCUCCCAGGUUGGAAUCAAAGAAUAUCAGCAGUCAAUUCAAAGGUGGGCAUUGGCCUUGAUCUCAAAAUUUGCCUACCUCCAGUGGUCCCGAACGAGGUAAACACCAUGAAAGCAGCGUAAUGCAGCAUAAUGCAGCGUAAUGCUGGCAGAUCCUAUAGCGAACCCAACCCCCAGUCCGAGUCGCGAUACAUCUGCAGAUACGCAGAACCUGCAGCAAGGUCAACCUACCUGAUGCACACCGGAUAUCGCGGAGGAGGGCGAAUCUGUUGAAAAUUCCAUCCGAAACUGUAACAAGAUCACUGACAGUUUGCAGCAUUGUUCUCCCCCGCCUCCUCCUCCUCCUCCUCAUCACCUCCCUUCCCUCGAUGACGGCUUGAAGGCAAGGUUUCAGACUGAAGAACGUAACGCGCAGAGGCAAGGAAGAGAGCUCCUGGACACCUAUCGGCCCGUUGUACUUUAAAGCGCACGCCGCGCUUUAAAUGGGAUUUGAUGGAGCGGGGCCGCUGACAAGCGGGGGCGAGUUUUGGCGGCGCCCGUGGCGGGGAAUGGCUGGAGAGGCCGGAGAGUUCGGAGAACGUUGGGCAUUGGGCUCCUCCUGCUGCUGCUGCUGCUGCUGAUGUGUGUUGCGAGUGGGCACGCCGCGGAAGGAGGAGAACUGAUGCAUCAUCCCUUCCACGCGAGAUUUGAAACCGGGUCCCGGUCCCGGAACCCUUUCAUGGCCGCAGCUGCCACUCUCUCAGGGUUUUGUGCUCCGCGCGGGACUCGUAGAGGGAAUCGGACGUGCGCCGCAGUCCUCCAUGAUCCGCCGAAGCGUGUGUGGAUUUGGAAGUCGUCGAUUGACUCGUCGAGGGUUUUCGUGCCUAUUCCAGGUGAAGCAUGCGGGUGGGACGGGUCAAAAUGGAGUGCUAUUUUCUCGACGGAGCUGAAUUUUGGAGACGAGUGGAGCGGCUGUCAGCUGGUUCACAAGGCAUGAAUGUGAAUUUCCACCGGAUUCCACCGGUAUCCAAAGCCUAAUCAAGGUCUCGUUGAAGAAAUUCUGCUGAGUCGAGCAAUUUGGCCCGAGUUUUGAUUCUUCAAUCAGACGUUGCGGAUACAAAUCGGGAUUCUUCGCUUCAAUUACGGAGAUUAGACACAGAGGCCAUGAUGAUAGUUGCGUGGGUUUUGCGACUGAUGGUUUGGGAUUUUGGACAAAUUGCCAAGACCUUAAACCCUCACGCAAUCUUUUCGCCUGACCUCCAGCAGCUGUCAAUGUCCUGAAGUCGCAGCUUCUGGUGGGCACUUAAGAUCACACCCGGUUUUCUCGAUUUCUUGGAGGGUUGUGGAAAUGGCGUGCCUAUGACUCCUUGCUGCUGCAUUGCCGAUUCCUUGGACCGAGCGAGGACCAAAUUUUCUAAUUUUGUGGCUCUGUCGACAUUGGCUCGGGAUUUAUGAGUUAGGGGUAUAGGAUAAUGAGCCUGCCUUUGAAUAAGCGACCCAUGCCCAUCGUGAUGGGUGGACAAGGCAGGCUGAGCCUACGGCUCGUUUGCGCUGCGCAGAGCUGGGCGCACUCUGACGUCCAGCGUGUCAAUGUAAACCUCCAGCAGCGUUUGGAUUGUGGUCGCAGUGUGCCGGAGAAAGGAAAUUGGCGCCACUUUUGGAGCAAAUCGAAUGGGCGGAAGGGUUUCAUCCCCACCCGUGGAUGGCCUGCUAAGCAAUUUCGGCAGGUGCUUCCUUCGAUUGCUGUCUGCAGAUCUCAAGCUGCCGCAGGUGCUGCGGCUUCCUGUAUCAAGGAGAGCAGAGGGUUGAGGACCAAGAGCGGCUCCAGUCGAUCAGGCAGUUCGGUGGGUAAACACGCUGCGGCAGAGAGGAUUUCUCAACGUGGAGACGCGAAGUAUAUCAGUUGGUGGGAGGAGAGAAUGAGCGAGUGCCAGAAGUCCUCGACGAGAGAGCUGAUGAAGCGCCUCGUCUUCACGAACCUCCUCGGAGUCAACCCCAGCCUUCGGAUGGGUAAUUUGAAGGAGGGCUCCAUUGCGGCGGAGCUUCUGGAGAUCAAGAGACGAUUCCCGCACGAAGUAAUUCUCUGCCGGAUAGGCGAGUUUUACGAAACGCUGGGAUUCGAUGCCUGCGUGCUGGUGGAGUAUGCAGGCCUGAACCCCAUGGGAGGAUUGAAGAGCGACGCCGUGCCGAAAGCAGGGUGCCCCAUCGUGAACCUUCGCCAAACUCUGGACGACCUCACUAGGCACGGGUUCUCCGUCUGCAUCGUGGAGGAAGUCAAGGGUCCCAGCAACGUCAGGCAGAGAAAAGAGCGAUUCAUCGCCGGCCACGCGCAUCCUGGCAGUCCUUACGUCUAUGGACUGGCUGAAGCCGAUCUCGACGUCGACUUCCCUGACCCCGUUCCGGUAAUCGGCAUUGCGCGUUCUGCGCUGGGCUAUCGCUUCAUCUCUGUAGUGGAGAUGCUUCGAACGGUUUCUGUCGACGAUCAGCUGACCGAAGAAGCUGUGGUCGCCAAAUUGAGAGCGAAGCCAUACCAAAGGCUCUUCCUGCACAAGACAUUGAAGUACAACUCGACCGAGACGGUACGUUGGGGCGAGUUUGGCGAAGGAGGGUUGCUGUGGGGUGAGUGCAGAGGGAAGCAAUUCGAGUGGUACGAGAAUGAACCAGUUUCUGAGCUGCUGUCGAGGGUGCGGGAGCUUUAUGAUUUGGACGUGGACGUUGAGUUUCGGAGCAUCGUAACUCCUCCCGGUGAGCGCCCUCGACCUCUGUACGUGGGGACUGCUGCGCAGGUCGGCGUUCUUCCAACUCAAGGAGUGCCGAGUCUCCUCAAAGUGCUCCUUCCCAAGGACGUGAAUGGGCUCUGCACGGCCUACUUACGAGAUUUGCUCCUCAAUCCACCUCCACAUCGAGUGGCGAGUCGAAUCCAGCAAGCGGUUCGUCUCAUGACCAGCGUCUCCUGCUCUAUCCCCGACUUCACUUGUGUGUCCGCUGCCAAGCUCGUGAAGUUGAUUGGGGCGAGGGAGGCCAAUCACAUCGAGUUCGCUCGUUUGAGAGACAUGGCGGAGGAUGUUCUGCUGAUGGACAGUGAGCCUCAGCUGACAGGAAUUUUGGAUCUGCUACUGGACCCAACUUGGCUGGCGACGGGGUUGAGGAUCGGCCGGGAGCAUCUCGUGGAGGACUGCAGGUUCUUCGUCAAACGACUGAGUGAUGUGCUCGCUCCUGCAGGGGAUCCCGAGAACGCAAUAAGCAAGAGCGAUCUAGUGCCGGAUGAGUUCUUCCAGGACAUGGAAGUCCGAUGGAGGGGCCGCGUCAGGAGAGAGCAUGUGGAGAAAGCAUAUGCGGACGUGGACAGAGCAGCUACGGUUCUGGCCGAGAUUUUGGACGAAGAUUUCACUCCGAUCGUGAAGAGGACUCGGGCGCUAGCUGCACCUCUCGGAGGAGGAGCAGGAGGGGCCAAAGCGGAGGUUUCGUACAGCCGUGAACACAAAGGGAUAUGGUUGAAGGGCAGGCGCUUCGUGCCGACGGUCUGGGGUGGCACCCCGGGGGAGGAAGAGAUCAAGCGUCUGAAACCAGCGCUGGAUUCCAAAGGUAAGAAGGUCGGCGAUGAAUGGCACACCACCAAGCGCGUCGAUGCAGCUCUGAGUGAUUACAGGUCCGCUGUGGAAGCGGCGUCCAUGGCUGUACUGGACUGUCUGAAAGGUAUUGCGGAAGAGUUGCAGUGCAAGAUGAAUGCUGUGGUCUUCGUUGCCUCGAUCUCGGUCAUCGCCAAAACACUUUUUUCUCAUGUCAGCGAGGCAAGGAGGCGGAGAUGGGUCGUGCCUGCACCUCUGCAAGGCUCGGAAGAUGAGGUCAGCGAGAAGACGGGAGAAGGCGAUGUUGAUAGUAGUGGUGCAGGAGAGUCAUUUUUGUACCUGCAAGAUAUGUUUCCCUACUGGUUGGAUCGAACUCGGGAGCAGGCUGUGCUGAACACAAUUCAGAUGUCGUCCAUGUUUCUCCUGACGGGACCGAACGGUGGAGGCAAGUCCAGCAUCCUGCGAUCGGUUUGUGCCGCUUCUCUUCUAGCAACUUGUGGUUUGACGGUUCCCUGCCGCUCUGCUGUGGUCCCUCGGCUGGACUCGAUAAUGUUGCGCAUGAUGAUAUCGGACAGUCCAGCUGAUGGGAAGAGCUCAUUUCAGAUGGAGAUGUCCGAACUUCGCAGCAUUACCAGCGAGGCGACAUCCAAAUCUCUCGUUCUUUACGACGAAUUGUGCAAAGGGACGGAAGUCAACAAGGGCACAUUCAUUGUGGCCAGUGUGUUGGAGCAUCUGGACAAAGUCGGUUGCUUGGGUGUGAUCUCCACCCACUUGCAUGGCCUCCUCGACAUGGAUCUGAAUGCUCCGAGAGUUGUAAGGAAGGCCAUGGGAGCUGAACUGGUGGAUGGUCGUUUGCAACCCACCUGGAAGCUGGUCGAUGGAGAGUGCCGAGAGAGCUUGGCGUUCGAGACUGCCAGGAAGGAGGGCGUUCCCGACAGCAUCGUGAACCGGGCGGAGGAAUUCUACGAAGCGUGGAAGAACCAUCAUUCGGAAACAAAUUGCCAGGACUCCGACGAGAAUUUCAAGAAACCAUUGUACGUAGACGUGAGUUUGCCUCGAGUUUUGGGAGGUACAAGCCUGGCUCUUCCUGCCAGAGAAGGAUCAAACCUUCAAGGCAGUAGAGACAGUGGCAACCCAGCUUUCAGUGCACCGCUUGGAAAGAGUCCAGGAGUUGAGGAAGCCAGGUUAUCAAGUGCUGAGAAACCUCGGGCGAUUCCCAACCAAUCUGCAGCAGCUGCCGCUUCUGCUGCCGCGAGUGACACGGUUUUGGUGGCUGGAAGGUCGGCGAGUACCUUAAAUCCGUUGUCUUCACUAAACGCCUCUCCCCGGGGCACGAGGCCCUUAGUUGGGACUCAGCAAGCGGCAAUGACGAAGGACUUGUUAGUGAAGCGCCUCAACUUGCCGAAAGAAAGCGACUUGUAUAUUACUAGAUCGGACAUGAAUGGAUCGCCCAGAAGUAGUCGGGGGUCAGUUGCCCGAAUUGACCAAGCUUUUGUCAAGAUAUGCGAAGAGAAGCUCGGUCAACUGCAGCACGAUGCAGCAGAUCGUGAAGCUGGAAGGGGAAUCAAGUGCUUUUACGUUGGCCCACGACAGAAACCUCCUCCCACUAUCACCAAUCGGUCGUGUGUUUACAUUCUCGAACGGCCGGAUGGGAUGUUCUAUGUGGGCCAGACAGAUAAUUUGUCAGGCCGAAUCACCGUCCAUCGAACCGUGGCAGAGCUCAGCGAAGCGUCGGUCCUUUACAUUCCGCUGCCCAACAAGAGUGUGGCGUGCGAGAUCGAGACCUGCCUCAUUCACCAGCUUCCGUUCAUGGGGUUCUUUCUCGUCAAUAGGGGCGAUCAAAACCACCGACACUUCGGCACCGGUUAUCUCCAGGAUGAUAAUGGCAGCCCACCUUUUUGAAUUGGACCCCUCACUUUUUACCGAUACUCUUGUUCUGCUUUUGACCCAGAAGACCAUCAGUGAGGUCAAAUCACUGGAAAAUUUUGUCAACACGUGCUGUAGAUCAAGUCUUGCGUCCGCUGAUCUAAUCCUCGGGUGGCGCGUAUGGCGGCUAGGAAAUGUGCAUAUUGACCAUCCAGAGCCCCCGAUUUAGCUGUAAACGCUAUGAAGAACGGAGCAGAAAUUGUUUGAUUCCAUGAGCGCCUCUUAAGAGAUUCCCUGCGAGUAUAUUUAUGAGUAUACUUUGGAUGUGUAGAGGAUUUCAAGAGCAGGUUUAUAGAAGCUAUUUAGAGUCCCACACCGAGGUGGUGACUACUCAGUUUCUUACGUCUGGGAAGGAUCCGUAAUGUAAAAAUUCUCAACGAUCAAGAAACAUUUGACGCAA